AUGUCAGAAUCAGAUUACAUGACUCAAUUUUGUACGGCGCUCGCCGAAAAAGCGUCACGCGAUCCAGGCCUCCCAGUCUCCAAUCCAACAUCAGCAUACUGGCAAUCUGAACCCCAUGAACUAGCAAAUCACCAAUCGACCCAGCUCCUAUCAACCGUCGAUAUAGCAAUCAUCGGCUCGGGAAUGACUGGUAUUAGUUCAGCAUAUCAUUUACUCCAGACCAGACCGGAUCUUCGAGUCACGAUCCUCGAAGCACGGAGUUUGACUUCUGGUGCUACGGGGCGGAAUGGGGGUCAUUGUAAAGAGGAUCCGUAUGAUGAUUAUGAGGAUUUGAAGGAGUUGUACGGUAAAGAAGGCGCCAAGAAGGUUUUGAGAUUUCGGCUGGCGCAGUUAGAUGCUUUGGUGGAGUUGGUUGGGAAGUUGGGGUCUGAUGCGGAGAAAUUGAGCUGUUUACGACGUGUGGAUGGCCUGGAUGUCUUUUAUGAUCAGGAAGCGUUUGAUCGUGUAAAGGAGAAGGUGAAGAAUUACUUAGAGGAUUUUCCGGAGGAGAAGGAUGCUUGGCUUAUACAUGAGGGGGAUGAUAUCGACGAGACAUUCGGCACGAUAAAUGCAGUGGGAUGCAUCACCGGUCCAGCUGGUGCUAUGUGGCCAUACAAGCUUGUCGGAGCAGUUACAACGCACAUCUCAAAUCAAGAACUAUACCCUCAUCUAUCCAUCGAGACACAUACUCCGGUCGAGAAGAUAAUAAAGACAGAUGACGAUUCCAAUCACCCUUUUAUCAUUACAACCCCUCGAGGUAAUAUCAAAGCUACACAUAUCAUCCACUGCACAAACGCAUACGCCGCUCAUCUCCUCCCAGGCUUACAAGGAAAGUUAUACCCUAUUCGGGGACAAAUGACACGACAAGUCGCACCCGGGGGGUUCCCACGAUUAGGAGAUCGUCGGUCAUGGAUUUUGCAUUACGAUUUCGGAUACGAUUAUGUCACGCAAGUUCCACCACUUUCUUCGUCAUCAUCGACAAACGAUAUCUAUCUCGGCGGUGGCUUUCUCAAAGCUCUUGUUACAGGUCAGGUAUCCGUCGAAGAUGCCGAUGUAGGUAGUACGCAAGACGACUUACAGAAUCCUGCAGCAUUGGCCAAUCUCGAACAUACCGUGGAGAAGAGAUUACUUCACGGAAAAGGGACCAGAAUUGUUGACAAAUGGACUGGUGUGAUGGGUUUUACGAUUGAUAAUAAUCCCAUUGUCGGGAAAGUUCCGUAUGAGAUAUCUCAUAGAGCGCCGGCAGAUGGUCCAACAGAAGAAGGGAGGGAAUGGAUAGCGGCUGGUUUCUGUGGGAAUGGGAUGGUGAAUUGCUGGCUUAGUGGAAAAGGGAUUGCGGAAAUGGUUUUGAAUGGAGAGCAUUCUGUCAGGGGGUGGUUUCCGGUCGAUGAAUAUGCGUGUUCACCUGAACGAUUGGGAAGGAUGACGUUGGUUGAUAGGUUUUUGGAGUUUAUCAAGGACGCUGUUUGA